AUGGCGGCAAUGACACAGCAUGUCAGAAUCCAUCCAUUACAAACUCCCCGUAAAGGGGGGGGCACUUAGAGUCCUGAACCCUUUCCCCAUCACACAUACAACCUUCCCUGCCAAAGGCACUUUUGCCAGACAUUUCCUGCCCAUGUAAGGAACCUGCACUGGGGGGAAACAGCUGGGAAGUUUUUGGGAUAGGAGGGGGAAGAAAGUCUAAUGGGGUGGGUGGGAAGAGGGUCCAAUGCCUUCUUUCCUUCCACCUACCCCUCCCUUGCUUUGAAGGAUUUGGCCCAACAAAGUGAGUUUUGCUACUGUCAGAUGGCUCUUGAUUGCAUCCAAGGACAACCUCAUUUCAUUGCCCCACACUGAGCCAGGAGCAGACCCCCUCCCCAGAGAACAUUUUGUUGUUGUUUAGUCGUUUAGUCGUGUCCGACUCUUCGUGACCCCAUGUACCAGAGCACGCCAGGCACUCCUGUCUUCCACUGCCUCCCACAGUUUGGUCAGACUCAUGUUGGUAGCUUUGAGAACACUAUCCAACCAUCUCGUCCUUUGUCGUCCCCUUCUCCUUGUGCCCUCCAUCUUUCCCAACAUCAGGGUCUUUUCCAGGGAGUCUCCUCUUCUCAUGAGGUGGCCAAAGUAUUGGAGUCUUGGCUUCAGGAUCUGUCCUUCCAGUGAGCACUCAGGGCUGAUUUCCUUAAGAAUGGAUAUGUUUGAUCUUCUUGCAUUGGUGAAAGUGAAGGUGAUGCUGUGAGAGUCAGUGUCAGAAGAGAGAACUGAUCUGUUUUUAUAGCUGACACACACAUGGAUCCUCUUGGACUGGAACUUCUCCAAUUUACAGGCUGGACUGGGGCAAUGGCCCCAGGGAUAUUCCAGGAGCCGUGGAUAGGUAAUAAUCACCAAGAGAAGUCUGGAUGAUAGCCCAGAUCCCAUGUCCAGCAUUCAAACUGUCCAUAUUGCAUCAGCCUGCUGUUAUCUGCAGCUUGUCUCGUCUUUAUAAACACUGUUGGGUCAUUUUUAGUAAUAGUUGGUAUUACUCCUUGCAGUCUAUUUACCAAUAUCGCUGUUAAGAUUUUUGCAUCAAUGUUUAUCAACGAAACUGGGCGAUAGUUGGCACAUUGCGUCAGGUCCUUGCCGGGCUUUGGAAUAACAGUAAUCUAAACCUGGUUGAAUAAUGUCAAGAUGAUUCCAUCUUUAAAUAUCCCAUCAUAUAACUGAUAUAAUCUAGGUGACAGGAGAUCAAUAUACCGUAUUUUUCGCUCCAUAACAUGCAUCUGACCAUAAGACACACCUAGUUUUUAGAGCAGGAAAACAAGAAAAAAAAUAUUCUGAAUCACACCUUGGGAGGCUUUCCUUCUCUCCACUUUUUUCUCCCCCUCCCCAAGCAGCACAGGCCCCUUUUCCAGCCUCCUCCUCUCCACGCCUUUCGCCCAAACUCCUCAGGUGAUGCCUGCAAUUUCUCCCCUUUGCUGCUGCCUCUCCUUUGCUCCCUACCAUGACUCUCCACUCAUGGCAACCUACCUCCUCUCCCUUCACCCAGCUUCUUAGUCCCCCUCUUCUCUGUCCUCUUCCUCCCCUCUCUUGUCAAGCAGCCUGCCCGCUGCUCCCAUACCUUCUCCCAAACCCGGCUACCAGCUUUGCCUCCCCAAACCACUUCAGAUUGUCACACCGGUGUAGCCUUGUCAAGUGUAAACGCUCUUGCGCACUGCACCUCUGCUUUGCACUCGUGCCAACCUUUUGCACCCCUCUCCAAUCUAAUCAAAACCUGCCCCAUUUUACCUGUAAUUUGACAAGCCUGUGUCACUUUAUACCACCCAAAACCUAUAAUAAUAAUAAUAAUAAUAAUAAUAAUAAUAAUAAUAAUUUAUUAUUUAUACCCCGCCCAUCUGGCUGGGCUUCCCCGGCCACUCUGGGCGGCUUCCAAAAGAAUAUUAAAAUACUAUAAUAUAUCAAACAUUAAAAGCUUCCCGAAACAGGGCUGCCUUCAGAUGUCUUCUAAAAGCCUGGUAGUUGUUGUUCUCUUUGACAUCUGGUGGGAGGGUGUUCCACAGGGAAGGCGCCACUACCGAGAAGGCCCUCUGCCUGGUUCCCUGUAACUUGGCUUCUCGCAGUGAGGGAACCACCAGAAGGCCCUCGGUACUGGACGUCAGCGUCCGGGCUCAACGAUGGAGGUGGAGACGCUCCUUCAGAUAUACUGGACCAAGGCCGUUUAGGGCUUUAAAGGUCAGCACCAACACUUUGAAUUGUGCUCGGAAACGUACUGGGAGCCAAUGUAGGUCUUUCAAGACCGGUGUUAUGUGGUCUCUGCGGCCGCUCCCAGUCACCAGUCUAGCUGCCGCAUUCUGGAUUAGUUGUAGUUUCCAGGUCACCUUCAAAGGUAGCCCCACGUACAGUGCAUUGCAGUAAUCCAAGCGGGAGAUAACCAGAGCAUGAACCACUCUGGCGAGGCAGUCCGCAGGUAGAUAGGGUCUCAGCCUGCGUACCAGAUGGAGCUGGUAAACAGCUGCUCUGGACACAGAUUUGACCUGUGCCUCCAUGGACAGCUGUGAGUCCAAAAUGACUCCCAGGCUGCGCACCUGGUCCUUCAGGGGCACAGUUACCCCAUUCAGGACCAGGGAAUCCUCCACACCUGCCCGCCUCCUGUCCCCCCAAAACAGUACUUCUGUCUUGUCAGGAUUCAACCUCAAUCUGUUAGCCGCCAUCCAACCUCCAACCGCCUCCAGGCACUCACACAGGACCUUCACUGCCUUCACUGGUUCUGAUUUGAAAGAGAGGUAGAGCUGGGUAUCAUCCGCAUACUGAUGAACACCCAGCCCAAAUCCCCUGAUGAUCUCUCCCAGCGGCUUCACCUAAGGUAUUAAAAAGUUACUCCAAGUUACUUUUGUAACGGGUUCUAUGCUGCUCACCUGCGGAGAACCCAGCUGCAAAGAAAUAAACAGGAUCACAGCUUAAAGCUGCCAUGCUCUUCUUUUUCUCGGUUGUGGUAGUCCCCUGACUUUUCAGGCUGCUUAGCAACCCAUGAGGGGGCCCUGAUCCGCAACUGUAUUUUUACAACAACACAUAGGAGCCAACUUCUAGAGGCCGAGGUACCGUCGCACCCCUCUAUAAAAUAUUUGAGAGGGCCAGCCCCCCCCUUGAUGGACAUUGCCAUUGAAAUAGUGUGUGUGUCAUAUCAUGUGAUAUAUAUAUAUAUAUAUAUAUAUAUAUAUAUCUUCACUUAGCUUACAUUUCUUAAUUUCACUAUUACUUUUAAUUAUCUUAACUAACAACUCUCUUCGUAACCAUCCUUGCAAUAUUUCAUAUUUUCCUCCUUACAAAACUUCUUGUAGUCCUACUAGCAUAAUUUGUUGAUUACAAUUGCUGUUCAAAUAUUUGUUUUCAAAAAUUUGUUGGAAGCCGCCCAGAGUGGCUGGGGGGACCCAGCCAGAUGGGAGGGGUAUAAAUAAUAAAUUAUUAUUAUUAUUAUAAUUAUUAAAUAGUUCACAUAUUUAUUCCAGUCUUCCAAGAAUCUCUGGUCCCACAGGUUUCGAAUCCUUCCUGUCAUCUUGUCCAAUUAAUUUCGUCUGCCAUUCUUCUUUCGUUGGUAAUUCUUCCUGUUUCCAUUUCUGGGCCAACAAUACUCAUAUCAUGUGAUUGAUUAUGUGGAGUGGGGCUUACUGGGCCCCCAAUAUUUUAUUCAGGUUGGCACCCCUGCAACAACAUACACAGUGGGGUUUGUGGGUGGGGAAGCUCCUUUAACUCAGCAAUAUGGUUGUUCUCCUGAAAUAGAGAGAGCUCACAGCUGCUCUGUGAUCAGCCUCCUCCCCAUAUGGGAAUGAACAAAGGGGUGGAGAGCAGGCACCUUCUGCCCCCAUCUUCACCUGCAGAUGUUUGUAGUUGCUGAGGAGUCAAAUUCCAGUCCUCCUUUCCCCCCUCGCUUGUCAGAAGGCACAGCUGAACCUGAUCUUGCACCCAAUCACCAAGCUCAGCACCUGGGAUGAGCUUUCUAGCCUGAGCCCAGCCUUUUCACUUCAGAAGCAAGCCCCAGCUGAGGUCAGGCUAUUCUUGCCUUUGCACGUGGCAUUUCAAAGGGCUACAGAUUAGUUGGUGCGGAGCAGCCCUGGCUGACUUUCCAGGGGGUUCUUUUGGGAAGAAGCUGAGCUGCCAGAAAAAGGAGAAAACAGGAACAAGAAGAGUUCAGGUAGGUGGGGCAGAUAUUUGAGAAGGAAGAGUAGAAAAGAAGGGCAGGGUGUGUGUGUGUCUGUGUGUGUGAUGGUGUUUGUAGAAGGAAGGGGAGUAAAUUUACAAAAAAAGCCAGUGUUUUAGGAGCAAGGUGGCGACUCGUUCAUUCAAAGCACUUCGUCUUGCAUAUCUGUUCUAUACCCUAUUCUUGUUUCCUUCUUAAUCAACCUUUAAGCUAUACUGUUGUCCCCGACAUAUGGCAUCUCUCAUGAAUGUCAAAGGUAUGCUGGCUUGGUGGGUUUUUGGGGUGGUUUUUUUUGGGGGGGGGGGAGAUUUCCUUUUCCAUUCUACUUCUGAUACAAUUUAUUAUUAUUAUUAUUUUAUUUAUUUUCAAACAUACAAAUGCAUACAUAAUUAACUAAUACAUCCAUUGAUAGCUUCUGGAAAAAAUCAAGUAUCAAAAAACUAUACAUCUCGACGCAUUUAUACUUCUGAUACAAUUAUUUAUUGGGACGGAUUCCCUCCACCCUGAUCCUCAUGGGUGAUUUUUGCCUAGGCAAUCUUCCAUUAGGAAUCAGUGGGGACCACAAUAAGUCUGGUGGAUUUUUUGAACAAUACAUUCCCAAUUCGCAAUAAUUUUAUUUAGGCAUUACUCCAUGAAGUUUUUUUGUUUUUCUUAAACUCUUCCAAUCCUAGGGGUAAUAUAAACCUACUUAUUGUUCCUUCUCUUAAGUUAGCUGAACUAGAGGAGGGGGCGGGUGGAAGGGGAAUUGCUUCCUUAUAUUUUAUUUUACAUCCAUGCUUUAUUAGGUGCCUUAAACCGCGAAUGUAAAUAGUUAUACGUUUCUGCUAUUCAGUUUUGUUGCAGCCCCAUUGUAAUUGCUUAAUCCAUUGUUUUGUACUUGUGUUUUAUAUAUGAAGUGCUGUUUGUUCUGCAUCAGGUUUUCACUGUUUCAAAUGAAUGCUUGUGAUUUUUCUCCAUUUGUCUAGUCGCAGGUAAAUUUUAAGUUGACUUUCAUUUUGAUAUGGGUUUGGCUCUUUGCUUGCUCUCCCUAUGCUCACUGAACCAACCGAAUAUGGACUGAACUUGGAAGCUAUUUUCAAUAGUUAUUUCUAAUUUGCUCACUAGGAAUUAACUCUUCCCACUUUGUUUACCAUCUUGCCUGAUGAAGAGUUUCCAAAACUUGCAGCCUGAUAAAAGCACCCCUCCUAUUAGGGCUUUUGAGAUUUUUCUUAGGCCCAACAUGGCUUAUAUUUUAAUGUUGUCUAGGGUUCCCUAAAAGGGAUGCAGGUGGCGCUGUGGUCUAAACCACAGAGCCUAGGACUUGCUGAUCAGAAGCUCGGCGGUUCGAAUCCCUAUGACGGGGUGAGCUCCUGUUGCUCGGUCCCUGCUCCUGCCCACCUAGCAGUUUGAAAGCACGUCAAAGUGCAAGUAGAUAAAUAGGUACCACUCCAGCGGGAAGGUAAACGGCGUUUCCAUGCGCUGCUCUGGUUCGCCAGAAGCGGCUUAGUCAUGCUGGCCACAUGACCCGGAAGCUGUACGCAGGCUUCCUCAGCCAAUAAAGCGAGAUGAGCGCCGUAACUCCAGAGUCGGUCACGACUGGACCUAAUGGUCAGGGGUCCCUUUACCUUUACCUUAGGGUUCCAUAUGCUGCUAUUAUUAUUGUUAUCAUUUUGCUAUCACAUUUGGAAUUUCAGAGAACAGUCCAUUUCGACUUGCAGCACUAACCCAUUUUUAGUAUUAAAUUAAGUAAUUUUCUGCCUACACAAUAAAGGUUUAUCUACACCUUUCUUUCAAUGGGAGGGAACUGCCCGUCCAGUGUUGUGAAAUGAGAAAAGGGAAACUGAAGCCUUCGUUACCAUUUCAGGGAGACACAAUGGCAGAAGGCAACCCAGUCCAGAACCUCUGCGAGGAAACAACAUGCUCCAUCUGCCUGGAGUAUUUCAAAGACCCAGUGAUCAUAGACUGCGGCCACAAUUUCUGCCAAGCAUGCAUCACUCGGGCCUGGGGGGAACCUGACAGAGAUGCUUCUUGCCCCCAGUGCAGCGAACCUUGUCAGCAAAGGAAUGUCAGGCCCAACCGGCAACUGGCCAGCAUUGUGGAAAUAGCCAAGAAAUUCAGCCUUCAGAUGGCCAGAGGGGCGGAAGCGCUGGGAAGGUUUUGCGAGAGACACCAGGAGCCCCUGAAACUCUUCUGCGAAGACGACCAAUACCCCAUCUGUGUGGUGUGUGACAAAUCCAAGGAGCACAGGGACCACAAGGUGAUCCCAAAGGAGGAGGCCUUUGAAGCGUAUCAGGUAGGAGAUGGAAGGUGGGAGGGCAUGAGGAACGGGGGACCCAUCCAUCUGCUUCCCUUAAGUGUCUUGACCCUCGUUGAGCAUCCCAAGCAAAUGCUGUAAGGACAUAAGGAGAGUCCUGCCGAAUGGAGCCAAGGGAGCAUCUACUUCUGCAUCCUGUUCUUACACUGGUCCACCAUAUAGAUGCUUAUGAGAAGCCCUGGAGCAGGAAGCUGAGUGGAACCGCAAUCUGCCCUCCUUCAGUUUCCAGCCACUGUUAGGGGAAUCAUGCUGCCUCCAACCACAGGCUAUGUGCUCAAUAUUGCGAACCCCUGCAGUGACGUACAAGGGGGGGGCGGAGGGGGCGGGCCACCCAGGGUGCCACCCAGAGGGGGUGUGUGACAAGAUGGACCGCUGCCUCCCCCCAGCUGUGGAGCGGCGAAGAGCAUGCGCACAGUCAGUAUGGGCGCUGCUUGCAUGGGGUCCGUACAGGCAUCUGAUCGGGCUGCCGUGCGGUUCACCCCACCCCUCAGCCUACCGCCCCGGGUGACGGAGAGGGGUUCCUCCACCACCAAACACCUGUACAAAGUUUGAAGGAGAGUUGCAGUGUGCAACCUUCACAGCCUUCUCCUUUCCCCAUCCCAAGGGCCGAGAGAGCUACCACAGCAGCUUUAUUUAUUUAUAUUUUUAAAAAAAUAUAAACUGCUUAAAGGGUUUGUUUUGUUUUCUGCAAUUGGGACGUUCCUAUUUUCAUCACAGAAAUGUUGGAGGGGACGUCUCUGUUUUCACUGGGGAAAUGUUGGAGGGUAUGGAAUAGGAUGUCCCUAUUUUUAUCGGAGAAAUGUUGGCGGGUAUGAAUCAGGCGGUGUAUAAAUUUCAUGAAAUAAGUAAAUAAGCAAAAUACCGCAUUUUCCGCUCUAUAAGACGCACCAGACCAUAAGAUGCACCUAGUUUUUGGAGGAGGGAAACAAGAAAAAAAAAUAUUCUGAAUCCCAGAAGCAAGAGGGAUCUGGCUUCUGGGAUAGCCUCUUGCUGUUCUGGCUUAUGGGAUAGCCGUGUGAGCCUCUCCCGGGCAGCGGGAGGAAGGCUCCCCCAAGAGCCGCGCUCCCUUUAAAGAGUGAGCGGAGCAUGUGUGCAUCUCUUUAAAGGGAGCGCAGAGCAGAGCCUCCCGCCUGCAUUCGCUUCAUAAGACGCACACACAUUUCCCAUUACUUUUUAGGAGGGGAAAAGUGUGUCUUAUAGAGUGAAAAAUAUGGUAAUUUAGAAGCAUAGCAUGAACAGCGGGGUGGGGGUCGGGGUGGCCUGGGGCCUAGAGUCCUGAAUAUCAGACAGAGAGGUUUUGAGCCACUGGGCCUGUGGUUCCCCACCAAUGUCCCCGACUCUCCUCUGUCUUUGUGUACUUAAGAGCCUUGAACUGACAUUGCAAAUCCUUUUUUAAAAAAGAUCUCUGUCCCAACAAUGAACUCAAAUGCCUCCUUUUUUCAGGGUAAAAUCCAGGGUCAUUUGGAAUUCCUGAACAAACAGAAAAAGGAAAUUCUGGCUUCUAAACUGAGUGGGGAGGCUGAAAGCCAGAAGCUGCUGGUAGGUACUCGACUGUAGAGGCUCCAGCAUGUUUAUACUUCCAGGAUGAGGCCUUAGUUCUGAGCGCUGGGAUGUGAAUAGAUGCUAUUUAUCCAGAGCUGCUUUUCUGGAAAAAAGAGGUGCCAGAACUCACCACAAACGCCUCCCUUGUUCUCCUGUAAUGGCAAUGGUGCCCACCUGAGAGGUGCCGGAACUGAGUUCUGGUGAGUUCUGGAUUAAAAAAAAGCCCUGGAUAUAUUUAUUAGAUAUUACCCUUCCUUCCUCACAUUUGUGGUUUCAGUAGAGUACAUCAUUUUGCAGCUUAGAAGGGAAGCUUAGAUAGGCUCCUUUUAGUUUAAGUAAUCCAGAAUGCUUUAAGACAGGCUGGAUUUUCCUGCUGUUUCCCCCCUUUUAAAACCUUAAAAUAACAACGUCUCAUAACAAGUACAAAUAACAUUUACACACUCGAAAUACUUGCUGAAGAGUAACAGAUACAGCAGGUUUGUCAGGCAGGCUUAAAAUGGUAAUUCAGUUACAAAGACGUUCUUAAGCCUAGCUUAAAAAUGGAGCCUGAGCAUGGAACUCAGACUUAGCAGAUACUCUCAUGUUGCUGGCAUGGUGAUGAAGAGCAGAAAGCAAAAGUGUACCCAGGCAGGCAGUGGGAGUGUCUCUCACAGAGUCUUCUCUAGCAAACUUACAGGAAAACUCUGAGCUUCAGCUCCUAUCAUGUGCCUAGCUAGGAAAACAUGAAUUGUUGGAUUUGACUAUAUCUUAAAUAUCCCACAUGGAGGUGGAGCCUGUGCCUCACUUACACAGUGUCCUGGGUUUAGUCCCACAUUUGAAUGCCUGAUCUACCCGACCCACAACAAUUUUUUCUUCCCAUCCAAGUUGCUUGGGCAGCGAGAAGAGAAAAAAUAGAAAUAGGAAAAGCAUAGCCCAGCAGGUAGGGGAAAGGGAAAGGACUCCUGGAUGGUUAAGUCCAGUCAAAGGCAGCUAUGGGGUUGUGGCGCUCAUCUCACUUUCAGGCCGAGGGAGCCGGCGUCUGUCCGCAGACAGCUUUCUGGGUCAUGUGGCCAGCAGGACUAAACCGCUUCUGGCUCAACCAAACGCUGUGACGGAAACCAGAGCGACGCACGGAAAUGCCGUUUACCUUCCUGUCAGAGUGGUACCUAUUUAUCUACUUGCACUGGUGUGCUUUCGAACUCCUAGGUUGGCAGGAGCUGGGACAGGGCAACAGGAGCUCACCCCAUUGCAGGGAUUCAAACCGCCGACCUUCUGAUCAGCAAGCCCAAGAGGCUCAUGGGUUUAGACCACAACACUACUUGUGUCCCUAUAGCCCAGCACCCUGAUGGUAAUAGAAAUGCUGCUUCCCUGGCCAUCGGGAUGAUCACUGGAUGCGUGUAGAAAGACAAAAACCUUAGCUGAUUGACAGGAAUCAGCUGGCAGGAGGCUAUGUGACUUUGAGAGAGGAGGGUGGCCACAUUCACAUUUGACCACACCCACUGCUGGCAUGCAAACUUUGGAAGCUAAGCCAAUAAUUAAUGCUGCCCCUGGGCGAAAAAAAUAGGCCAGCUCUCCCGUUAAUCCUUUAAAAAGAACUGAACGCAGCAAAGCCACCCCUUCUUCUUCUUCCCACUUUAGCCAGGCUCCACUAUCAGAAAGAAAGAAGUAGCAUCUAAUAUUAUUAUGGGUGUGCAACGGAGCCAUGCAGUCUGCCUUGAUUCCCCUAAGGUAGUCUGCCUGCUCUCUUCAAUUGUGGAAGAAGCGCUGUCCCGUUGCCAGUGCUGAAGUGAACUGCCACCCCAGUCAGUUUGCGUACGUGAAAUCAGGGAAGCACCUAAAUAUAUUUGACUGGCUCUGACUUUCUCAUUACAGAAGCGGACGGAAUCGGAGCGGCAGAAAAUCAUGGCCGAUUUCAAGCAAUCGCACCAGUUUCUGGAAGAACAAGAGCGCCUCCUGCUGGCUCAACUGAAGGAACUGGACGAUGGGAUUAAAUCCUGUGGGGACCAACAUAUUGCAAAACUCUCUGAGGAAAUGUCCUCUAUCGAUGACCUUAUGAAGGAGCUGGAGGAGAAGCAGAAACAGCCAGCGACUGAAUUCUUGCAGGUAAGAGUUGGCACAAUUAAAUAGUCCAGGUUGUUCUGCAGGUAAAGGUUGUACUCCCAACCACUCUGUCUGUUGGUUUAUAGAAGUAUUCAUAGUAGGGAUGUGCACUGGCCACACAUUUUGUUCAAAACUGUGAUUUGGAGCUUCAUCAAACGGCAUGAUUCAGGUUUGAUAGAAGUGGAUGAAAUUUGCAGGCAAAGCCGCUCCUGCAGUAUGGAUGAAGCCUGCCAAAUUACAAUGGAUCCAGGGAGUUUUUGUGCUAGCAUUGGCAAUGGCACCAGCAACACUGGCCAGUUGAGUUCUCCCUCUACCCAAUUCAAACAUGCCCUCGCUGUUGUGUGUAGAGCAAUAUACAUCAUGAGCGGUAGCAAGUUGACAUCUGCUCUCAGGCUGGCAGCACCAGUGGUGGGAGGCAGCAGCAGAGCAUAGCCUGGGAUCACUUGGAGUUGGCAGAAGAUCCCAGGCGUGCCAUCUGCCUGCCAUUUCAGGAAGAAGCAUAACUGGGGGAGGUUGUGUGGCAGAGAGCUCCCCUCUCAGUCUCAAGCUAGGGUUGCCAUGCAUCUGGGAAAUCCCAGACAUGUCCUCUUUUUGGGGGGCCUACAUGCCUAUCCAGGGGGAUUUUCAAAUUUGAAAGCAAAUGUCUGGGCUUCUGUAGUUUUUUAAAUUGUAUGUGUGUGGGGUGUGUGUGUACUGGCAGCUCGGGGUCAGAGGGCGAUUGCCCCCCAAAAGCUCAAUUAAUGUCCAAAUUCCUGCAAUAUGUCAACCCUAUCUCAAGUUUUCACCCCCUCCAUCUCAAAUAAGCAGAAGACUCUGCAGCUUAGUGAGCAGACAAUGGAGGAUAUGGGAUCGGGGAAGUAUAGGACCAUGCGAUGCGAAGUUUCCAUCUGUCCGAUAUGUAGGAGGAGACUGGUGCAAGAGGCUGGAUUAAUAUUAUUCUCUCUCUUCCCUUCUAGGAUAUCAGAAGCAUCUUGCAAAGGUAUGUGGCUUUGUUACGCACAGUGGGCUGAUAUGAAUCUCCUGUCUCUCCGAAGAGAGUUUAGAUUGCUUCACUUAAAACCAUGUGCCAAUCUAAUUCAUGGAUCACAGACAAAUAUGGCAGUCAGAAUACAGUUAUUCAUUGGAUUGCAGAUUUUCUGACAUUUUGUGAUGUAGCUUUCAUGGAAAACUAUUGUAUUGGGGAAGGGAGGAUGCACAUAAAAGGUUUAUUUUAGGGGAAGAAGUGAUGGUGUUCCUCCACCUAUUGUAAACUUUAUUUCAGAGCACAUUAUGAUGGUGAUUUAUUAGAUUUCUUACUUGCCCUUCACUUUUUGGGCAGACUACAACAAUCUCAAAAUAACCCUAAUAUACAUAUCCCAGGUGUCAAAAGCCAAGGUAAAAUGAUGCUGUUAUUAGAUGCAAUGUACAUUCUGUGCUUUGGGAAAAUAUUCAGCAUUUUAAAAAUCAAUUUACCUUAGGUUUUAGGCAUUUCUGACCUAGUUAUAAUUUUAAACAGGGUAUGCUAACCAAUGUCUCCAUCUAAAAUAUAGGCAGGUUGUUUGAAAAUAUUGUUUUAUAUUGACAAUAAGGUUGAAAAAAAAUGAGUUAAAAUCUAAAAUUACAUUUUAAUGUAAUUAUUUUAUACUUCUCAUUUUUUAAACAUUUUACAUUGUUUUUAACUCUACAUUUAAUAGUAGACUUAACGUAUUAUUGUGUUGUAUCUGCUCUGUUAUCUUCUCUACUGGUUAUUGACCAAAAUAAAUAUACAUAAUUUUAUCUCAUCUGCAAAUUUUAUAUGAAAAGUAUAUGUAAGCUAACUCUUUAUUCUUCUCCUUUAUUCUUCUUAUAUUUCAUGAUAGAAAUUUUUUCAGUGUAUAAUAGGUGUUUGUAAUUGGGCAGAUAAUUUUGCUGCCUGCCUCCUUUCUCUUUCUCUCUGCUUUUGUGCUGUUCCCACUUUUCUUUUUCAUCCCAAUUGCUGAUAGGAGACUUGAGAACGAAGAGAUGAAUUGCAAAUAAAAUUUGUUCGCUUCUUCCUAGGUGCCAUGAAAAUAAAGCUGUGGAUCCAAUAGCUUUUCCUCCCGGAUUUAAAAAGCGAAUUGAGAAAUUCUCUAAAAUGCAUCCUUUUCUGGAGACCACCAUGAAGGAAUUCAAAGGUAACGAAGGGUCAUUGCGUUAACUUCUGGAAAAUGGGUUUGAAAAAUAUAGCUCAUCUGAUCCCGUUGCGAGUCUAACUGUGGGUGGGAAUUGACUGCUUGAUGGAAAAAUGGGUGCAUGGAAUUUAAGAUUUUCGCAUUUAGAAUUUCCCAUUAGAUACUCGAAAUCUCAGCAUUUGAGGGAUCUGCGUACAGGACCUUUUCUUUCUUUAAAAAUCUGAGCAAACCAUCUGUAUUUGGCAAUGGUUUGCGCUCUCCCUUGCUUUUCUUCAUGGCACUUAACAGUAAUGAUGCAAGAGGGCCAAAGGUUGGAUACGUUGGCUAAACGUUAGCUUUUCCCCCCUUUUUUGCACGAUCACAGUUUCAAGCACUGUAAAUCUAAAGCCUGACCCCUGGAGUCAAGUAUUAGUAGUAAUUCGUUUCUCAUAACACUUUUCUUCCUUAGACAUUGUACUCUCUGGGCCGCAAGAAAAGAAAGGUACAUUUCCAGGUUUGGCAGAUCUUUAAACAAUUUUUGCAGAUGAGAUAUAAUAAUAAUAAUUUAUCAUUUAUACCCUGUCCAUCUGGCUGGGUUUCUCCAAUCACUCUGGGUGGCUUCCAACAGAAUAUUAAAAUACAAUAACCUAUUAAACAUUAAAAGCUUCCCUAAACAGGGCUGCCUUCAGAUGUUUUCUAAAAAUCUGGUAGUUGUUCCAUAGGGCGGGCGCCACUACCGAGAAGGCCCUCUGCCUGGUUCCCUGUUAACUCACUUCUUGCAGUGAGGGAACCGCCAGAAGGCCCUCAGCACUGGACCUCAGUGUUUGGGCAGAACGAUAGGGGUGGAGACGCUCCUUCAGGUAUACUGGGCCGAGGCCCAUAUGGGAGGGUUUUUGCACUGAAGAGAAAACUUCAGCUGUGUUUUGGUGUCAGGAAACAAAACAUUAAAAGCUUAGUAGUCUCUGCGUGUCUUUCAUGCUUCCUUCGCCUUUCCAUCCGUGCAUGUGCACAGACUGAUGUCUCGAGCAGAUAAUCUGUGACGCCUAAUGACAGGAAGUGAAGAGCUGCCUUUAUACAAGCUCAAGUCAUUUCACCCAUCUAGCUUAGUGACUGGCAACAGUUCUCCAGGGAUUUAUACAGGGGUCCUUUCCUUGCCCUACCUAGAGAUAGUAAAGGUAAAGGUAAAGGGACCCCUGACCAUUAGGUCCAGUCGUGGCCGACUCUGGGGUUGCGGCGUUCAUCUCGCUUUAUUGGCCGAGGGAGCCGGCGUACAGCUUCCAGGUCAUGUGGCCAGCAUGACUAAGCCGCUUCUGGCGAACCAGAGCAGCGCACGAAAACACCGUUUACCUUCCUGCCAGAGUGGUACCUAUUUAUCUACUUGCACUUUGACGUGCUUUCGAACUGCUAGGUUGGCAGGAGCAGGGACCGAGCAACGGGAGCUCACCCUGUCAUGGGGAUUCGAACCGCCGACCUUCUGAUCGGCAAGUCCUAGGCUUUGUGGUUUAACCCACAGCACCGCCCGCGCCCCAGAUAUAGUAGAAUCAUAGAAUUGUAGAGUUGGAAGGGACUUUGAGGAUCAUCAAUUCCAACCCCCUGCAAUGCAGGAAGAUGCAGCUGCCCCAUACAGGGAUCAAACCUGCAACCUUGGCAUUAUCAGCACCACGCUCUAACUAGCUGAGCUAUCCAUGCUGUUUGCAUACAAACCUGCAUUGCAGGGGGUUGGACUAGAUGUCUGUUGGGGUCACUCCCCUUCUAUAACUCUGUGAAACCAAAUGCCCUAUGCAAGUGGUUCUCCCUCUGCUUCUGAAUUUAUUUUUAUGGGGGGGGGGAUACUUUCCCAGGAGUACAUUGGCUUCUCAAGCCGCUUCCUAGCUCAGAGCUGCAUAAAACUUGGAUGUAGGUCAUGGGUAGGCAAACUAAGGCACGGGGGCCGGAUCCGGCCCAAUCCCUUCUAAAUCUGGCCCACGGAUGGUCUGUGAAUCAGCGUGUUUUUACAUGGGUAGAAUGUGUCCUUUGAUUUAAAAUGCAUCUCUGGGUUAUUUGUGGGGCCUGCCUGGUGUUUUUACAUGAGUAGAAUGUGUGCUUUUAUUUAAAAUGUAUCUCUGGGUUAUUUGUGAGGCAUAGGAAUUCAUUCAUUCCCCCCCCCCCCCAAAAUAUAGUCCAGCCCCCAACAAGGUCUGAGGGACAGUGGACCAGCCCCCUGCUGAAAAAGUUUGCUGACCGCUGAGUAGAUGCUAACUCCUUUGGGAGCCUGCCUCCCUAAUCCUUUCCUUUCUUUUGCAGGUGAAGACAUGCCCAAAUUAGUACUAUCAUCAUAUUCCACCUUGCCCUGGGGUUCUUACAGAGGUCCCAACGAAUUGCUUUGUUGUUCCUAUGUUAUGGGAGUUGAGAGAAUCACCUCUGGGACCCAUUCCUGGAUAGCCAACUUGCGGGGUGAAAAGUUCUGGGCCGUGGGGGUGGCCAACGAGACUUUAAGGGGAUGCAAUAUUGUCAAUUUGAACGCUGGUCUUGGGAUCUGGGCUAUCGUCCGGACUUCCGCUGGUGAUUAUUACCCAACCACAGCUCCUGGAAUAUCCCUGGGUCCAUUGCCCGUGUCUAGCAAUACAGCCUGUAAGUUGGAGAAGCUCCAGUCCAAGAGGAUCUGUGUGUGUGUAAACUAUAAAAAAAGAUGGGUGAUCUUUUCUGACGCCGACUCUCACAGCGUCAUCUUCACUUUCACCAAUGCUGCGUUUUCUGGGGAGGGGGUCUGCUCCUGGUUCAGUGUGGGGCAAUGA